GGAAAGUGGAGUUGAAUAAAGGGCUAAGAGCUGUAUACAAUCUAAUGCCACUGAUGUGGACUCCUGGGUACUUGAAUAGAGCCUUGCAAGUGGUGGAGAAUGUGGCUUCAUUGUCAGGGGACAGCAAAAUUUGCAAAGAAUCUAUCGAUGCUUUGGAGACCAUUUUGCAGUCUGUCCUUAAAGCAAAAGCUGGUCCAGAAUCAGCUGAAGAAGUCAAGGAAUUAGAGCAGAAGUCACAGUGUGCAGAAUCAGAAGAAACAGAGCAGUCUAAGGUGCCCGAGUAUUACAGCCGAUUCAAGGAGCUAUACUCCAAGCUGCAUUCACUUGGCAAGGUUGAAUCUGAAAGCCUGUUAACCCUGACCACCCAACUUGUCAAGGAAAAGAUGCCAGCAUGUGAAGUGGAAGACAUUGCGAAAUAUGAGCAGAAGCUAAAGGAGUGGGAGCAAGAACAAGCACUUCUCAUUGAGAGAGAAAGAGAGAUGAGAGAAAAGGCUAAACAGGAAAUGGAAGCUAAGAAGCUAGCUAAAGCGUCUGCUUAGUGCUGGAACUCCAAGACUGCCAUGGUGGUAUGCAUUCCUCUGUCACUGAACUGAUCACCAUUAUUAAUAUUCACUUCAGUCCCGCUACAAAUGUGACUGUAUGUGACUGCUGUAUGGAAAUUAAAGUUUUCCCAUUUUGCCUGUUUCCUGAAGUAAAGCACA